GCUUUUCCCAUCUGCCUAACGGGCUCUACCCGUCAUACAUUCCCCUGAGCCACCUCGAGCCCCCCAGCGCCGGCAGUCCUCUCCUGGCCCAGCUGGGUCAGCACAGCCUCUUUGAGUCACAGAAAGAUGGGUACUCCCUGUCCGGCCACGCGGGCCAGUCCGCUUUGCACCCUCAGCCUCCCCUCUCGAGGACCACGGGCAACCACACACCAAGCACUCUGCUCCGGGAGAAGGACCUUGGGCAGCUGCACAAGAGCUCGAAAGAGGGCCUGAAAGACCCUGGUGGGAAGGAGCGAGCGUGCCGGAGUGAUCUCUCCUUGCCCUUCACCAAGAAGGAGGGCAAGCCAAAGGAGGAGCCCCGGCCCCGCAGCGUGGUUGACCUCACACAGGACACCAAGCCCGACAGCGACCGGAAAGUGAGUGUGGUGGAGAAGGCGGUGAAGGUCGGUGAGCGUCUCUCACCGUUCCUGGCUGAGCACAUGCCAAAUCGGGACCGCUGUGCCAAGGAUCCCGCUCGGCACGACGAGAACAUGAGGCCUUCUGCGCACGCCCACGCCGAGCGGCUGAAGCGGGGGGAGCCCCUGCUGCCCUCCGUGGGUGCUUUGCACGUCUCCUGCAGCUGCCCGUCCCCGCACCCCUCGCAGCCGGGAAAGAUGACGCCGGCCACGACAUUCCCUCCGCAGCCCGUCCAUUCCAGCAUGUACACCAUCUUCCCGCCGGCCAAGGAGCUGGGGAGGGAGCACAAAGUCAUCGCCCCCACCUUCGUGCCUUCGGUCGAAGCCUACGAUGAGAGGAGCGGGCCCAUCCAAAUCGCCUCGCAGGCCCGCGACAACAAGGCAAAGGACAAGGACCUUGGCAAGGUGGGGGUGCUGCAGUCGCCCACGGAGCGGUGCCUUGCUGACACCUCCCGCACGCUCUUGUCCCAGGACUUUUCUUGCCACAGUGAUGCCAAACGGAUGGAGGCUUUGAGGGAGAAGGGCUCGGUGAUCAGGGCGAACUCCAUGGCACUGAAGAGACAGGUCACUUCAGAGCCCUUUCUUAACCGACCGGGGCUGGGCUCUCCGGAGAGCAGGGAGUUCCUGGCCUCCAAGGACUUGCUGAAGCCGAGUCUGGAGGCUGAGCAUCGCCCCUGCGAGCGGGACCGCUUCCAGCGAUCCAGCUCCAAAGAAACGACGAAGGUCUACGGCACUUUGGACUCCUCCCGGCAGCACCUGGACCACGGUCAGCUGAAACCGCCUGAGCAGAAGUGGAAGCCCUUUGAGAUGGGCAACUUUGCCACUACGCAGAUGGCGGUGCUGGCCGCCUCGGGGGGUCCGGCGGAUGUCCUCCCCCCUGCCUCCCACGGCGAAGGGUCGGCCAUGCAGAGCCUCAUCAAGUAUAGCGGCAGCUUUGCCAAGGAGACUGCGUCCCGGCAGAGCUGCGGCAAGAAGAGCCCCUUUGGUGGCUUGGGCAACAUGAAGUUGGACUCUUCGCAGCUGGGUGCCUCCAAAGUGCAGCAGCUGCUGUCGCAGCAGCCGGCGAAGCAGCUGAAGAGGGACCCUGAGAGACCCGAGAGUGCCAAAUCCUUUGGCCGCGAGAGCAUCGGCUCCCAGGGCGAGGCGGAGGUGAGGCACUUGCCCGUCGGCAUCGCCGUGGCUGUCGCCCGGCAGAAGGACAACAGCAGCAGCAGCAAACUGGGGCCCACCUUGGCGGACCGGGAUCGCUCGCUGUCUCUCAGCAGCAUCAAAGGGCACGGACGCUCAGAAGAUGACUGCGGGGAUGAGCGGAGUCGCCACCGGGACAGCCACCUCCUGGCAGGGCGCUUGGAGCGGGAUCAGGAGAAGCUGCUCAGAGAGAGCAAGGAGCUGGCAGAUUUUGCCCGGAUACACCCCUCCAGCUGCGCCACGAAUGGUUUGAACUCCAACCUCAUGGUGACGGGAGGCCCAGCCUUGACGGGCUCUGGGCGCUGGUCCGCAGACCCGGCUUCGCACUUGGCAGCCCACCCCUGGCUCCCCAGGACGGGCAGCCCCUCCAUGUGGCUGGCUGGCCAUCCCUACGGACUUGGUCACCCUUCCCUGCACCAGGGCAUGACUCCAGGCUUCCCCCCUGCCAUGGGGGGAGCUCUCCCUUCCGCCUACCAGUUUGCCAGAGACCCGCAGUCAGGGCAGCUUGUUGUGAUCCCCAGCGAGCACUUGCCACACUUCGCGGAGCUGAUGGACCGAGCACCGCCACUGUGGCCUGCUAUGUACCCCCCGACCAGGAGCUCCCUCCAGCACGCUCACCAGCUCCAGCUCCUCUCCCAUCAGCAGCUGCUGCGGCAGCAUGAGCUGUACAUCCUGCAGCAGCAAGCGGCCCACGCCAUGGAGCUACAGAGGAGUGCCCAGCUCGUGGAGAGGUUAAAGGCAAACGAGCAGCGUGUGGAUAUGGAAGAGAAGGUGACAAAACGGAGCCUGGACAGUGCCAAAUCAGGCCUUUCCUCUUCUGCCCCGGGACUGGUGCACCGAAAACCACCCGUGUUGUCUCCUAGCACCUCCACGUCCUACAGCAAGGCUGUGAGUCCACCUCCCCUCUCUCCCAGGGCCUCACCCGUGUCUGUGCUCAAAGCUGAGGUGAUCCAAAAGAUGGAGGAGCCACCUUCGCAGCCAGCCUACUCCUACCCCGCCACCCCCAGCUCCCAUCCUUCCAGCCCGCCCCCUGCCUCUCCUGCCAUCCCUCCAAAGGAAGAGGCACCCGAGACCGUGGAGAAGAAAGACCUGGAGUUGGAAAAAGAAGCUGCCGGUCCAUAUCAGGCCUUGUUUCCAGAGAUCCCCCCGGGAUACCCAUUCCAGUCCCUGCCUCCCUCCUUUGGAAGACACUAUCCCUACCUCCUCCAGCCCACCGCAGCAUCUGAUGCGGAUGGCCUGGCUCCUGACGUUCCACUGCCUGCUGAAGGCUCUGAGCACAUGGAACUUUCCCCAGAGGUCAAGCCCAUCCACCUGUCUCCGUCCAAAAUGCUAGAGCCCAUCCAAGCAGCAGCAGAAGAGGAGUCCUUGGAAGAGAGGGUGAAAUCAGAGGUGCAGAUGGAGGAAAGCCAAGAAGGCAUCUGUGAGCAGGACAUGGGGACUCUGAACAUCGCCACCUCCGCAGCCGUCCCAGUGCAGAACGUGGACAAUUGCAAUCUCCUGUUGCAUCAAGGUGAAACCCUGAGUGCUAUGGAGCAGGACCAGGAAGACCUCCAGAGCUGCCCACCACCUUACCAGGUUGUGGCCUGUCCUGCAGAAGCAGAGGCCCAGGCAGAGACUGGGAGUGGAGCAGAAACCUGCUCUGUGCACAUGGACUAUGACGGUUCGCUCGUGCACACAGAGAACGAGCCGCCGGAGAUGGACUUGACGCCCCAGCGGGAGGAGGCCUCUGUAGCCAUGGAUCUGCAGAGCGCUGAUGUGCCCCGGGGCAGGGACUUUCCCAGCCUACCUCCUGAGGAGGGAGAGCAGGGGCCAGAGAUCGCUUCCUACACAGAAGAGGCAAUCUCUUGCCAAAUCCCAGCUCUAGACAUCAAGCCGGGCGACCCACUGGCUGGGAUGACCGCUUUGGUGCCUGCCACAGAAAUGCCUCAAGCUUGUUCCUUGUUGACCACCACCAGCAUCCCUCCGUCCCAGAUGAAGGUGGAGGUGGUACCUGACCAAGCCUUGGAGCACUCCUUCCUGCAAGGGAUCACUUUGCUGAGUGAAAUUGCAGAAAUGGAGCUGGAGAAACGGAAGCAAGAAAUGCAAACAGGUCCAGAGACUUUCCCCGUCCGGCCAACGCUGGAGAGUUUGCUGGCUGCCAGCACCCACAUGCUCAUGGAAGUACUUUCCACUCCCUUUAUGGAAAGUCUGAAAACCAUCCGACUGCCUCGAGAGCUGAAUCCCAACAAAAAGUACAGCUGGAUGCAGAAGAAAGAUGAACCUAUGUAUUCCAUCAAAUCGGCCAUCGAGAACAUGGAUGCGAUGGAGCUGGACUACAGGAUGAGGCUGGCGGAGCUGCAGCGGCGGUACAAGGAGAAGCAGCGGGAGCUGGUGAAGCUUCAGCGCCGCAGGGACUCCGAGGAAAAGCAUGACGAGAAAAGUAGAAGCUUGGCGAGAAGAGGCCCUGGAAGGCCCAGGAAGAGGAAACUUGGAUCAAGCGCUCUGUCACCCAUUAAGGAGAGAGGGAAGAGUGACAGCAAGAGUGGAAAACUGAGCAAGUCCUUGUUGCUCUCCGAAGACUCUGAGACUGGUGAGGGCAUGAAGAAGAGGCACAAAGGGGCCCUCCCGGAGGAGGACGAGGAUGUGGAGAGCAGCAGUGGCAAGAUGAAAGGGAGGAACCAGAGCUGGGAAGAGCACGAUGUGGCUCCCAGCUUCUCAAACGAGUUAAAGCUCAAGAAGAAGAAGAUGCCAUCGGAUCAGGAGCAGUUGGCCAGCAAGCUUGACAAGGCCCUGUCGCUCACCAAACAAGACAAGCUCAAAUCCCCCUUCAAGUUUUCUGACAGCUCUGGGGGAAAGCCGAAAACUAGCGGAGGUGGCAGCAGGUAUCUGCCACCGCACGAGGCUCUGCCGAGCAAGGAGGAGAAGAAGAGCCUGGCCAAGAACCUGGGCCUGUCACUGAAAACCACCAAGGAAGGUAAAAACAAAGCGGCUGCCAAAAUGAAGAAGAUGGAGGUGGGGUUAAAAGUCAAAAAUCAGCUCAAGGUUUCCCAUUCACCAGCAAUAUCUGAAGUUAGCAGCUACUCCUAUA